GCCUUUAUGAGCGUGUUGUACUCUGCUCUUGUCACAUGUUUACCUGAUUUUCUGUGUUGUUUAUUCGUGGCGUUACCUCUUCCCUAUUUAUCGCUUCUAAAUAUCACGACAGUCAUGUUUGCGUACGUUAGGUACUUGUACGACGACAUGCGCGUCGUUGUUUCUGCGAACACCAUCAAGAACUUUCCGUCCGACAUCGAUGUCACUGACUUCAACGGGAACACUGAAUACCCCGUGUACCCUGUUUACUGGAGAGGCGACAAGAAAACUCUCGGGGGCUACUAUGACGCACAAAUUAUCUUUCUGGCAGAUGAUGAAGACGACGCUAAGACUGGCGGAGAACGAAAACGACUUGGGAAAGCCCCUAGGCGGGAAAAAGAACCACAUCCGACGAAAGACAAAAAGACAAGCGCUGGAAAACGGAAGCAUAUGGAGCGGUGCAAACGUAGGCUGGAGCUCGGCCUUCUUGACGAAUUAGAUGAAGACGAUGAUGACUGCCUUGUACUACAGUCUGAAGGAAGGAAGGUGGAAAAACAGCUGGCACGCUGCCAAAGGGAGCUUCAUCGUUACAGAAAAGCUAACUUAGACCUCCAGGAAGCUCUGGCUGCAAAAGUGAUCGAGGCAGAUUUCCUGAGGACAUCACUUCACUGUGGUUGCUGCCAACGACAUGUGAUGCCAGGUGGUCAGGUCCACAAUCAGCCCGUAGUGGUCAGCAGCUUUGAAGAUUCUAAUGUCAAAAUCCACCCAGGAGCUACAGCCGGCAAGGGCGUUCUCAGGUGGGGUGGUGACUUUACCAUCCCUGAAACCACCAUUAGUACCUUUGAAGGUGGAGCUGCAACAAGUAAGGUCGUUGCCAAGCGGGUUGAUGACUGUCCCAUGCCUACAACCGGCAUCAGUGCCUUUUAAGGAGUUACAACAAGCAAUGACGUUGCUGGGCAGGCUGACUCUGUAACAUGUGGCAUGGCCUGGGAGACUGACAGUGGAGGCGCAUUGGAAACUGGCAUCGGAAUCCCUCAGGAUGCCGCAGAAAUGGAGCGGGAACCUUUGAUGUGCAUCGGAAGUCCUGUGUCCUGAUGUGGCUGCAGUGCAGACGGCAU